GUGUUCCCUUUAUACUCAAGGCAGGAAAAGCUUUAAAUUCAAGAAAAGCAGAAAUACGGGUUCAGUUCAAGGAUGUUCCUGGUGAUAUAUUCAAAAGUAAAAAACAAGGAAGGAAUGAAUUUGUGAUCCGUUUGCAACCUUCAGAGGCUAUAUACAUGAAGCUUACUGUUAAGCAACCCGGUUUGGAAAUGUCGACUGCUCAAAGUGAACUCGAUUUGUCAUACAGGCAACGCUACCAAGGGCUAGUUAUUCCCGAGGCUUAUGAACGACUAAUUCUUGACACCAUUAAAGGGGAUCAACAGCAUUUUGUUCGCAGAGACGAGCUGAAG